AUGGGCUUUUUCGGUACCAAAAAGGCCAAACAGGCCAAAGAGGCUCAACAGGUUAAAGAGGCUGAACAGGCUGAGCCGCAUGGCUUGAAUAUUACGCCCUAUGGGAUUUCAGUAAUUCAUGAACCCUCUAACCCAACCCACGACAUCGUUUUUGUCCAUGGCUUCGACGGUCACCCAAGAAAUACAUGGAGCGCGGGGGUUCCAGGUGUUAAAAAAGGGCUAUUUUCCCAGAAGGGAACUGCAGUCUUCUGGCCCAAAGAGCUCCUUGCAAAGGAACCGUCCAUUUCACAAGCUCGCAUUGCUACCUGGGGCUAUGAGACCAACCUGUAUCAAAGUCCUACAAGCAAGACAAACCAGCUAGGUGUUGUUGACCAUGCAAGGAACUUGGUCACAAACCUUCAGUUCUGGCGAACUACAGAUGCUCUCGCGCUCUCAAGAGGGAGUGAUGCUCAAAUUGAGAGAAAAAGUGUCUAUUUGUCAACUACGGGCAUUAUAUUUUUUGGGACUCCGCAUCGUGGUAGCGACUGGGCAGGGAAGGCGGAGCUUCUCCGCUUACUUACCGUCACUGCUGGUUGUAAGCCAAAUACAAAAAUCACAGCUGCCUUGCGUCCUGGAUCCGAUCUGCUAAAUGAACUGAGGGACACGUUCUCUUUCUUGCUAGAGGAUGGUCAUAUUCACAUCUAUUCGUUUUAUGAAGCAAAGGGGAUUACUGACUUCAGGGGGUUUGGAAUAAUGUGCAAGUUCUCUUCUGAGCACGAUGAUGGCUAUCCGCAAUGUAAGGGGGCAUUGCUUACCCUCCUUCAAAGAGUUACUGCCGCAACCUAUGAGCGCCAUCACAACGACAUUGGGAACCGUCUUAUGGAGAAUUCUGGAGAGUGGCUAAUAAAUAGCGAUAUCUAUAAGAGUUGGGUAACUUCUUGUGAAUCACCUAUAUUCUGGCUACAUGGAACUCCUGGUUCAGGUAAAACUACUCUUAUGCAUUGCAUUAUCAAAUCCCUGAAACCCCAGAAACUUGCAAGUGUGUCAGCUGGCGUUGCCUAUUUCUACUGCAACGCUUUAGAAUCUGACCGCACCGACCCGGCUAGCGCGCUUCGAAGCCUACUAUUCCAGCUUAGUUUUGUGGACGGCAGAUAUAACAGUUCGCUUUUGAAAGCCUUUAGGGAGGAAAGACGUCAAGCGAAAGAGAAUGAGCUUCCGUUGCGUAAAUUAACAAUUGGAGAAUGUGUGGAUUAUCUUAAAAGCAUCUCGAAGAACGACCCAGUUAUCCUCGCCAUCGACGCGCUCGAUGAGCUAUAUGCAGGAAACGAUCUGGUCCCCCCUUACUGGACUAAUCUCCAGAGAUUCCUUGAGGCAUUGGAUACCCUUGAACAAACUGGCAACGUUAAAAUCGUCGUCUCUAGCCGGGAUGACGGCAUUAUCUGCAAGUGGAGAGAGGAUCCUGAUUGUUUACAAAUAUCGUCCGACUCCAGAGAAAAUCGAGGAGAAAUCGAGCGUUUUAUCCAUCAAGAGAUUGCAUCGGUCAUCAAAAGUAAGAGAAUACGAUGUGGCCGGGUUUCGGAAGAACUGCGGGUCAAAAUUCUUCGCACACUGUGCGAGAAGGCUGAGAGAAUGUUUCUCUGGGUGAGACUUCAGAUUGAUCUUCUUUGUGACCCCCGGUUAAGUGAACGUGACGUCGAAGCGCUCCUAGAAAAACUACCAGACAAUUUGAAGAAGACUUAUGAUUUAAUUCUGGGAAAAAUAUCUGAGCUAGGCCCCCAUAGCCUUGUGACUGCUCAAAAAUGUAUGCAAUGGCUGCUGUAUUCAAAGCGUGCACUUACAAUGUCCGAGAUAAUCUCUGCGGUAUCGGAUUACAAAUAUACCAUUCGUAUCGAAGACAUACUGCAGGCAUGCUGCAAUCUAGUUUUCCUCGAUGCAGGGCUAGAGUGCUAUACCCAGGAUACAUCUGCUAAGGCCGGUGGAGUUGGAAUUAUUCGCUUUAUUCACUCAACCGUUGCAGAAUACCUCCAAGAACCAGUACACGAGGACUACCACGAACACAGAUCACACGCUACUAUCUUGGAAAGAUGUGUCAAUGUGUAUCGAUGGGAAGAUACACCCAAAUGCCCCAAGCACAAUAGGAUGCUAAAAGAGUAUGCCACUCAGUUUUGGCCUUACCACUUCCGGCUUGUUGACGGCUCCAAGAGUCCAAUAAAAGCAAUGCUUUGUGGCUUCCUCACGCCGAGGCAAGGGAAAAGAAGCGUUGGUAUUCCAUUUAGGAAUUGGACAGGAUAUGCAGACAAUUUAUCUCGGUCACUUGCACCCCCUGACAGCCAAAAGCUAGAAAAUGUCAUUUCGGAACCGGAAAUCAUGGCAACACCUGUCUUUGUGGGCGGUUGUUAUGGAUUUCUCCCAAAACUUGAAGAACUGGGGUUCUUAGGACUGCUUGAAAACAGUUGGGAUCGCAAAAAUAGGAGAAAUCGGACUGCGCUGUCCCUCGCUGCAAGAUUUGGAUACUCAGAGACAGUAGAGUAUUUACUCCAAAAGCGUGUCGACCCAAAUGGCAAUGUACAGCCUGGAGACCGAACCCCACUUCUAUGGGCGGCAGUUGAGGGCCACGCAAAUGUUAUGGAAGUUUUGCUAGAGGAGGAGUAUAAAGUCGAUAUAAAUUAUCGAGACUCUGCUAGUCAGACGGCGCUACACUUUGCUGCAGGUAGCGGCUUAUACGGGAUAGUCAUGAUUCUGCUCGAGAAAGGAGUCGAGUCUGACCCUCUAAGCAAGCAGGGGAAGACACCACUAUCGUGGGCUGCUGGAAAGGGGCAUUUAGAUAUUGUGAAAGUUCUCCUGGAGUACAACGCCGAUCUGGACUCACAGGAUGAGAAUAGAAAGACACCACUUGCAUGGGCUGCUGGAAAUGGCCAGGGAAAAGUUGUUGAAUUUCUUAUCGGGCGUGGUGCUGAUUUACAUUCGAGAGAUAAUAUGGGGUCUACACCACUUGCAUGGGCCGCAACUAAUGGAUACAAGGAAGUUGUUCAAAUUCUCCUCGAAGGGGGCGCCGACCUAACUUCCCGAGAUAACAAAGGAUGUACACCAGUUGCUUGGGCCGCAACAAAUGGGAACACCGCCGUUGUUCAACUACUUCUUGAUGAGGGGGCGGACGCGAAUUCUAAAGAUAUGGAUAGGAAUACCCCCCUCUCGUGGGCUGCAACAAACAAGCAUAUAUCAACUAUUAAACUACUUCUCGAACGCGGGGCGGACCCAAAUUCUCAGAAUUGCAAAGGUAGUACACCCCUAGCAUGGGCAGCAACGAACGGGAGUACAGAUGUCGUCAAGUGUCUACUGGAUGGAAACGCUAUAAUUGAUAUUGAAGAUAAAGAUAAGAAAACGCCGCUCUCGUGGGCAGCAGGGAACGGGAAGCUGGCUGUUGUCGAGUAUCUCCUUGGUAAGGGGGCCAACGCAAAUUCUAGAGAUCGCACUGGAGGUACCCCUCUCGCGUGGGCUGCAACAAACGGACAUAUAGCUAUCGCUGAAGUACUGCUGAACAAGGGAGCUCUGAUUGAUUCCCGGGACGACCUGGGGAAUACCCCACUGGCAUGGGCAGCUGGAAAUGGGCAUACAGAUAUGGUCAAACUCCUGGUCACGAAGGGGGCAAUAGUAAGGUAUCCCGACAAUGAUAAACGAGCACCUCUGUUGCGUGCUGCGGGAAACGGACAUGAGAAAGCUGUUAGAGCUCUCCUCCAACUUGACGCGCAGGUAGACCCCAAGGAUGAGGAUGGAAAGACGCCAUUGCUAUGGGCUGCCUCGUAUGGCGACAGGGGAAUCGCCGAGCUACUUCUCGCAUACAAGGCCAAUGCAAAUUCUCAGGAUAAUGAUAAUGCUACACCACUUUACUGGGCAGCUUCAAAGGGACAUAAAGAGGUUGUUAAACUUCUUCUUGAUAAAGGAGCAUCGCCUAACUGCCAGACUAUUGAAAACGAGAGUACGCCGCUUCUAUGGGCAGCUUCACGAGGGCAUCUGGCCAUCGUUAGGCUGCUUAUCCAGGCAGGGGCUCAUCUCAACGCCCAGGAGUUGGGAGGGAUGACGCCGCUUCUAUGGGCUGCGAAUGGGAGUCGUCGAGACAUUAUCCUGGCCCUCCUCAGUGCAGGCGCGGAUCCAAACCUGUCAGAAUAUGGAUCUGGGGAUACAGCGCUGUUUAAGGCGAUAUCGCGAAAGGACGAGCAAUCGGCAAUACUUCUACUCUCACAUAAUGCCAAUCCAAUGCUGCCGAAUGGGAGGGGCAUGACGCCCCUACGAAUGGCACGGCAAAUGGGAUGCCAGAGGGUGAUCCGUGAUUGUAACGAGAGAGGAUAUACUUGA